AUGAGGGGCCGUCGUUGCAUUCAAUUUAUUUGUCGGCAAAUAAAUGUAAGACAAUACAUAAAUAUACAGAGUAUAACAACGAAUAAAGCAGUAUUACGUUUACUUAUUGAAUAUCGCUUUGAUCGGACAUUAAUUGACCAUGUUUUAUAUCCAUUGUGGUUAUCAAAACCUCAUCAAGAUGUACGCUUAUGUUGUGUUUCAAUUUUAAUACAAUUUAUUAAAACAAAUUUUGAAAAUGAACAUUUAUGGUUAAUGUUGGAAGAAGCCGCUUCGCAAGACAAAUAUAUUAAAAUAUCAGAUGAGUUAUUUCCAGGUGGUAAUCUAAGAAAAUUAUUACAAUUACAUUCAGAUGAACAACUUCGCACAUUUGUUGAACGCAUUCAAAUGAAAAGUCUGGAUCAUCCAACAUUAAUCAUACGUAAGCAAGCUUGGCGGCGUAUUGACACUGAAUAUUGCCCACAACUAGAAUUAAUUUCAAAAGCAGUUGAUUUAUGUUUAAGAUUUGAUUUAUCGGGUAGAACAUUGGCAAUAUACGCAUUUCAACGAUUACUAGAUUGUUGUAAAAGAAAUUUAUCGUGUAUGACAAAUAUUUUACAAAUAUUUAAAGAAUUAACGACAAGUGAAAGCUAUAAACUAAUUGAUCGUCAACAAAAUGCUUUGAAUGAUCAACAAGAUUUGCCGGUUUAUAAUCGUAUCAACAGUUUAAUUAAUCUUCUAGCUGCCGUUAUUAAAAGAUAUCGACAUGAUGAACAAAUUGUUCAUCAAUUGAAAGAAUGGGCAGCCAAUACAUUGAUAUAUAACAAAACAUUGGCAACAUCCAUUGGUAUAUUACUUCUGAAUUCAAUGACUGGUAGCCAGGACGAAUUGGUGGACAUGAUUAAAUUUUUAAAAGUUCAUUUGUCAAAUGAGUUUUAUUUAUUCCAUGUUUUACGAGAAUUAUCACUAUAUGUGGAACAAGCACCAUUUAUAAAUGAAAUCAAUUUAGAACAGAAAUUAACUAUUUGUUAUGAUUUAAUUAAGAGCGAUGAUUUAUAUUACAUAAUGUUAAUUUUUGGAUAUUUCAAAUCGAAUAUAUUGUCACAAGAAUCAAUUGAUAAAGAAAAAUGUCGUGAAUUAUUACGUUUGGUGAGAACUCAUGAUAAUCUAGUGUUAAAUGAAAUGGCUAUGCAAUGUCAGUGUACAUGGAAAGCAGAAGAUAAUGAUGAUCGAUCAACCAGUGACAUGAUAGAAAUUGAUAGUAGCGCAGGCGAAUUACUUUCAUAA